AUGGCAGCCCCAGUGACGCAAAUCAUCUACCUACAGAUCGGUAUCGACAAGGACUUAACAGACGCCAAAUCCGAUGCUGGGAAAACGUGGAGAGAAGCCUUGGACAUCCUUCAAAGCCACGAAGGAUUUCAACGUCUAUACUGGGGACGCUCCCCUGAAGACAUGACAAAAGUGCAGUUGCACGUCGUCAGAAACCAUCUAUCUCAACACCAAUCCUUGCAAAGUUCCCCCCAAUACACCUCAUUUCAAUCCCUCCUCCAAUCCCUUAUCAUUCCCACAACCCAGCCCCUGACCCGCCACGCCCUCCUUGAAGAAAACACCCCAAACUGCUGCUCCCUCGGCAAGGGAGCCCCCGUCACGGGGACCGCCAUCUACGUCGGCACCGACGCCGCUUGGCACGAGGGUGCCUGGCCGCUAUGGACCCAUAUUGUGCGGUAUGUAGACGGGUGUCUGGGCUGUGCGGGCGGGAAGUUAUUGGAGCCGGUCGAUGGUUAUCAGAAUUGUUUUUUGGUGUACGUGGGGUGGGAGACGAUCGAGAAGCAUGAGGCGUAUCAUCAUACUGAGCACUUUAGGCAGAGGUAUAUUAUUUUGAGGUCCGGGAAUAAGGGGUUCAGGGAGUAUGGCCACCUCUUUAACAUAGUCGACAAUAUCUUCCUCGACAUUUGGCAGUACUAUCACCUCGGCGAGUUGAUCUACUUCGCCGCCCAGACACUUAAUAAGCUGUCCAUCCUAGUGCUCAUGGUCCGCGUAUUCCCCCGAUUCCAACGCGUCGUCUACGGCGCCAUCACCCUCAUAAUCGCCUAUGGAACGGCCUUCUUCUUCAUUACUCUCCUUCAGUGCUGGCCCAUCAACCGCGCCUGGCUCACUCUCGAGCUCCACAUGGGUAUCAUCUGCACCAGUCUCCCCGCCAUCCGUGCGCUGUUUGUCAGCCUCGGCGCCAAGUUGCUGGGUUCGUCCAAGAGCAGCAACUCGAAGCCCUCCAAGUUCUCGACCCAUGGCGAGUCCGAGCUCAAGUCCGGUGGUGCAAAAAACCAACAGGCCCCCAGACGAAGAUAUGGGGGUGAUUUUAUCCCGCUGGAGGAUGUUGACAGUGGGAGGGGCAUCAAGAAGACUAGUUUGAAGGAGUGACGGGAGAAGCAGUCUGCUUAUAGCCUGAAGUGAAGGGGUGGGAACGAGAGUUUAAUUCGAUCGUGUAGUGUAUCAAAGGACUGAAAUGCAUGUAAUUCGUCUAAAUCUUGAUGGACACCUCAGAGUGAGAAGUCUUCGACAGCACUUGUGCAGGUGCCAUCGAAGAGUUGCGUGUACCAUAUUUAGUG